AUGGACCUUCCGCAGCAAGCAACCACCGUCGAACAGCUCGUGAGCAGCACCAUCGUCCUCCACAGCAGCAGCAUUGUCCUUCUCGACAGCAUCAAGGUAAGCAAAUACCCAUCGCGGUCGCUGCAGUGCCAGCAAACCAUUGCCGCAGGUGGGAGCACCAUCCAGCUCGUCCACCUCCACAACACCAUCUUCGCGCAUACCGGCGCAACCGCUCGAGCAGACGAAGCAGUGCUGACCGCAAGACCAAUCACUGUAGUCACCCUCAAUCCCCACCGCCAUCCGAGAACCCCCUCCCCUCCUCCACCAAUAUCUCCCCUCGCUCCCACCAUUAUGGAGCAAAUCAGCUACGACAUGAGCUGCAAGGACGAGCCCGAAUGGGCCAUGAUCCCAAACAAGGAGGAGCGCAAGCAGCAGCGGGCCGACAUGCGCGAGGCCAACAAGAAGAUGGACGACCUCGACCGCGCCUUCGAGCCAACAGUGCCGAAGGAGGCGGCCAGAGAGGAGGAAGGGCCGGACGAGAUGGCACCAGAGAAGCCCAAGGGCUUGCUCAGCAAGCUCUGGCGCAAGGCGAAGGACAAGCUGAAGAAGACGGCGUCCCGAGCAGAGGAGAAGAUGAUGGGCGAGCACAGUGGCGGACAGGGUGCCUAG